GAGGAGGGUGUGGCGGCCGAGGCGCAGCGACGGUGCCGGCUGGGUCGGGAAGAUGGCGGCGGCAGCGGCGACGGCGGCGGCGGCGGCGCCGCCUGUGAACCUGCGGCUGGGAGACUUGGUGUGGGGGAAGCUGGGGCGGUAUCCUCCUUGGCCAGGAAAGAUUGUUAACCCACCUAAGGACCUGAAGAAACCACGUGGAAAGAAGUGCUUCUUUGUCAAGUUUUUCGGAACGGAAGAUCACGCUUGGAUUAAAGUAGAGCAGCUGAAACCUUACCAUGCCCACAAAGAAGAAAUGAUCAAAAUUAACAAAGGCAAGAGGUUCCAACAAGCUGUGGAUGCUGUGGAAGAAUUCCUCAAGAAAGGAAAAGGCAAAGACCAGGCGUCUUCUCAUAACUCCGCUGAAGAGAAGAACCGGCGUAAUUCCAGUGAAGAGAGGGGGAAGCAGUCAGUGGGAGAGGAGAAACACAAAGCGGGGUUGUCAGAAAGGAAGCCGAAAAAACGAGCGUCUUCCGUGUCCUCUGAGCGAGGCUCGAAACCCCCCCUGAAGAGAAUGUACAAGCAAAGCCCCCGGAAGCGAGGGCGCCCACCCAAAGACGAGAAGGACACGACAAUUCCUGAGUCAAGCACAGUGAAGAAAAUGAUGACUGGCACCAUGGCUGGCUUUAAGUGGCCACAGAGUGUAAGCGAGCCUGUGAAAGAUGGUGACCCUCAUUUCCAUCACUUCCUGCUUAGCCAAACUGAAAAGCCUACAGUUUGCUAUCAGGCCAUCACAAAGAAGCUGAAGGUGUGUGAAGAGGAAACCGGGUCCACGUCUAUCCAGGCAGCAGACAGCACAGCAAUCAAUGGCAGCAUCACUCCCACAGACAAGAAGAUCGGAUUCCUUGGUCUCGGCCUGAUGGGCAGCGGCAUUGUUUCCAACUUAAUAAAAAUGGGUCACACUGUCACAGUUUGGAAUCGAACCGCUGAGAAGUGUGAUUUGUUCAUCCAGGAGGGGGCCCGGUUGGGAAGAACCCCCGCUGAAGUAGUCUCGACCUGCGAUAUCACUUUUGCCUGCGUAUCUGAUCCAAAAGCAGCCAAGGAUCUGGUGCUUGGUCCCAGCGGAGUGCUCCAGGGCAUCCGUCCAGGGAAGUGCUACGUGGACAUGUCAACCGUGGAUGCAGACACUGUUACGGAAUUGGCUCAGGUGAUUGUCUCCAGAGGUGGUCGCUUCCUGGAAGCCCCAGUCUCAGGGAACCAACAGCUAUCCAACGAUGGGAUGCUGGUGAUAUUAGCGGCCGGAGACAGAGGCUUAUAUGAAGACUGCAGUAGCUGUUUCCAAGCAAUGGGGAAGACUUCUUUCUUCCUAGGAGAAGUAGGCAAUGCUGCCAAGAUGAUGCUGAUCGUGAACAUGGUCCAAGGAAGCUUCAUGGCCACAAUAGCAGAGGGACUGACUUUGGCUCAGGUCACUGGUCAGUCCCAGCAGACCCUUCUGGACAUCCUCAAUCAGGGACAGCUGGCCAGCAUCUUCCUGGAUCAGAAGUGCCAAAAUAUCCUGCAAGGAAACUUCAAACCCGAUUUCUACCUGAAAUACAUCCAGAAGGAUCUCAGAUUAGCCAUUGCACUAGGCGAUUCUGUUAAUCAUCCAACUCCCAUGGCAGCUGCAGCCAACGAGGUCUACAAACGGGCAAAAGCGUUGGACCAGUCUGACAAUGACAUGUCUGCUGUGUACAGGGCCUACAUCCACUAGGCUACCUUCUUCUAAUUGUUAAUACUAUGAUUAAUUAUAACGAUGAAUACUGGGUUUUAACUCUGGACCAGUCCAUCUUUGUCUCUCUGUCUCCUCUCCCCCAUAUUCCCACCAACCAUUUUCCUUCUUUCUUUUUUAUUUUCUUUUUUCUUUUUAAUACAAAAAAACCCAAAACCUUUUUUGAGAUCUGCCACAAGGACAGUAAUGCCUUCCUGUGCCAGCUAGCUGCUGCUGCAGCAGCAGUAGAAGAGAUUGGACCACAUAUCUCUUACCAUCCUUUGGGAGUCAUAGAAUGGAAUAACCCACCCACCCUCCCCAAUAAUGCUGCUUGGCUUUAAUCCUGGUUCUCAUUGUAUUUGUGUCCCUGGGUAUUUUAAGUUCUUUCCAGCUGCUGUUUCAAUGAUUUGCUGUGGAUAUAUAUAUAUAUAUUGCCCACAUCCAGGUAAAGGGACAUCCGUUUCUCAACUGUCCCUAACUGUGCAAGAGAACCAUACACACACACAUAUAAGCACACACACAUAUACACACUAUAUACACACAAUAUACAUACACACACAUAUAUAUAAGUGCACACACAUAUACACACACUAUAUAUACACAAUACACACACAUACAUAUGUGUGUAGGGUUCUCUUGCACAGUCAGGACAGUUGAAAAACGGGUGUCCCUUUACCUAGAUGGUUUUGACAAUUGGGGUCGGAUUCUGGCACACCUGUGUUCUUUUUCCUUGGAGAAAAAGAUUAGAACAAAAGGUUUUGUGUGUGGGGGGGUGUAAAUUAAUAGUGCCUGGCCAUAGUUUCCUAACAGAAGAAGAGGGGUUUGCAUUCAAGCCUUCUCCAUGGAAACAGCUUUUGUAAAUGAGAGAACUUGUCUUUUACUUUAAUUCCAGUUCAAAAUGAGCCUCUGAUAAUGCAGGAUGUCUCUACAGGCUCUUAAAAAGAUUUGACCAGCCUGUGAUUCACAUAAUGGACAUUUACCCCCCCCCCCCACCCCCCCCCAAAAAAGGUGGUAGAAUUUCUAGAGCCUUCUUCAGGUUCAUCUUGGAGAAUCAGCACCCUGAAUGUGCGCAUCUUUGCUCCUCUAAUAUUCGCAAGGAUGAUUUGGGUCUUGAGUGUUGCCCGAUAAUCAGAAAAACAGAUAAUUUGAUUUCCAUGUUUUUCUUUCUGAAAAAUUGAAGAUGCUCCUAGUGUGAAGUAGAAAUCCUGCUUGCAAGUAAUGUAAUGAAAGAUUCAGCAAGCUAUGGACCGAUACAGCUUAAUUCUUUGCUGAAAUUUACAAAGUAGUCUUAAAAUACAGGAACACAUCAGCAUAUUCCAACAAAAUUGUGAUGGUUUUUUUUUUCAGUCUCAAAAGUCAGUAUUAAUCUUGAGAGAAAGCCCCUUUGCUCAAGCUUGGAAUGCAUACAUCAGAAAGCGUUGGAAACCAUUUCUGGGUUCAUGCAGAGACUUUCACAUUUGCAUAAAACAGAGCUCCAGAACUCAGCACCCAGAUACCUAGUCCGCUUAAUUGUACAUUUCAGAUUGAUGAACUUCUCUUGCCAGUAUUUAAACUUUCAAAAUGCAAAUGUGACAUCCAUCUCUUUGAACCUUGGGUUGGUCUCCCAAGCUAUGUGGAUAUGCUGGCCCAUUCUGAGUGCAGGCAGAGAAGACUCCAGGGUUUUAGUUGAUAUAUUAAAAAGUUUAGUUGAUAGAUUAAAAGAGUAGGCCUCACCCUACUCUGCUCUUGCUACAGCACAUAUUCCUGAUAUAGGUUUCCUUUCCUUCUGUGGUACAGACAAUCUACCUUUAAAAAAAAAGGACAUUGGUUUUUGUCCCUAUCCAGGGGUUUAAUAGGUCCCAAUAGCUAUCUGCCUGCUUUUUCCCACAGUGAAGUGUGUCUUGCUAAUAGAAAUGAACUCCUUAUGAGUAAGUCAAGCUUUUUAAGGACAACUAGUACCUGUCAGGAAGAGCAGAUGGAUUUGGGUGGGGUGGGGAAGAUGACCUCAUUCAAGAUGGUUCUUAAGGUAGUAAAUUACACCUGGAAGCUACUCUUCCAAAGACCUUCUAAAGCAGGGAUUCCAACCUUGGCUACUUUUAAGACCGAUGGACCUCAGUUACCAGAAUUCCCCAGCCAGCAUUGUUAGGGAAUUGAAUUCUCGGAUUUGAAGUCCAUCGGUCUUAAAAGUUGUACCCCUGUUCUAAAAAAUUGUCAGGAAGAGGACAGAGAGAUCCUUCUGAGAUUUUGUGAGAACCUUGCAGAACAGAUAUAGUUCCCAGAAUAUUUUAUUUUGCCCCUCUAGCCAAAAAAUAAAUAAAUCCAAAUGGAACUAGGAACUGCAACGUAAGAGAACUGUAGCGUCUUCCAUUCAGUCUCUCUAUCUUGUGGUUUCUCUGUCAGAGAGAGCAAAUAUCUACUGAAGGGGUGCAGUCCUUUUUGCACAGUUAGUGAUAUCCCAAGGGGAGGCAACAGCUCAAAACGCUAACAAGAGCUUGGAACUGCUGGCUUAUCUCAUGCCUUUUUUAGAAGGACACCCUUGUUUUCUUUUGUUUGCAGCCAAACAGUAGUUUAUGUAAACUGGGUUUUUGUGGCAUCCAAUUUUAUGGGUCAAAGUGUAUCCAUUAGUCUACCAGUUUUACAUUUGCAACAUAUUUGCUGGUUUUAAGGUGCCAUGGGACCCCUUUCCUACUCAAGCCUUUCCUGCUCCGAGAGCCAGCUUUGAUCAAUUCUCAGUUGGGGGUGUCCUUAAAAAUCGAACUGGCACAGUGGCGCAGAAGGGGAAGCGUUUGUUACAAGAGAAUACGAUGGAACUGGCUUUAGUCAUUGUUGUCUUAAUAUUGUUGACAAUACUGUAAAGUUUCUUUUUUUAAAAAAAAAUGGGAUUUCUGUUUUAGCAGUUGCUUUUUUUUGUUGUUGUUCCCUCCUUUUUCAAGAUAAAAAAGAUAUUUACACUUGUGGAGAGCUUGUAAGAAAAAAAAGCUGUUUCUUUUAAUUCCUUCUACCUUUGAUGAAUGAUCUAUAGGUAAUUAAGGUUGUGAAUUUUUAUUUUUUAUUUUUGCCUUGUUUUUAAUUAAUGUUUUGUCAUUCAGAUAGGAUGUGUGGUGAUGAUUAAAUGGCAAACACAGACAAAAUGAUUUUUUUUUCUUGUGCAAUUAACAAAGCUACUGGCAAAAGGAAAUAAAACUUUUCUUGGUAACACAAUGCUAUUUGUUGCUCUCUAAAGUAUUCUUCUUUCCUAACUGCAUACUUUGGGGGAAGAAUUAGCAUAUGAAUCUCCCAUUCCCAAAGCACAAAAAAUGGUAAUAGGUGCAUUAGUCAAGAGUAUAAAUUUAAAUUGUUGGACUAUCAUUUGUGUAUAAUUUCAAGGGCAAGGGAAUGGAGAAAGUUUAGAAAGGAUGAAUGCCAUUAAUAAAAGCUGAAAAUAUACUGCAAAAUUUAAAAUUUGAUGGUGAGACUGGAGGAUGGAGGGAGAUUUGUAAAAACAACUCCUGUUUAAUCAUCAGCAUUUACAAACCACAACACACCAUACAGUUUCCUUUGCAAUGACAACAAUGUAGUUUAUUUCAGCAAUAUUGUUUGAAAUAUUAGGGGGGAAAUCCAGGGGAAAACUCUUUUUCCAUUUGAAAUGAGUUGGGAAGAAUUGAACUGUUUUGUUUAUUUUGCAGGGUGGAUAGGAAGAGUUACAGAAUUGACCUGUUGACCUUGUUCUUUGUCCAAGUGGUUAUAUUAGAACAAAAAAAUGAGGAAAAAAAUAUCCAGUAUUUAUGUAUUUAUUUAUAAACAUUAGAAAAUAAAAUCAUUUGCUUAUUAAAUAAUUAGCUAUGUUAAAUAAUAGUGCUUUUCUCUAUUUUGUCAUUUUGUUCUUAAGCCAACACAUGAAUUAAAAAUGGAGGUUUGAACACA